AUGUUCGAUCUACCCGACGCUAAGCGGGUCCGCCGCGAUGAGGUUCAAUCGCCCGCCUCUUCCCGGGCACCGUCGCCUGUCAACGAGACCGACCUGCAGGAGGCCCACGCUCGACUGGGCAAGCUGCUUGACUUGGAUGGGUUAAUUGGGACGAAUUCAAUUGUGGAAGCAACAAAUGAAGCCGCACCGCCACCUGCAGAUGCGAAUAGCGAUGACGGUGAGCAGGAAUUUGAGUUCCGUCUGUUCAGCGCUCCCACGAAGGCCAAGGACACAUCCUCGCACGAGCCAAAUAUGACAGAUGGGAACCAGACGGCCGCGAACAAGGACAAGAAGCCCACGGGUGAAAUCAGGGACAAUAUAGGAACACAAAAGCUCCGCAUUCGAUUGCGGUCCCCCACGCCGUCUCGAGACCCUUCGGAGGGGCGGUUCGUCAAGGCCUUCCGUGGAUGGCAGUACUAUUUCUCGACGCCGACAAUCUUUGGAAUGGACGAAACCCCCAUGUCAGAAGGGACGAAAGCUGAGAGGAGGCGCCAAUUUGAGGAUAUGGCUGUCACUGGAGAGCAUAUCACAGGCUGGGCGAAGACACAGCCCUGGACUGGCUGCAAUCUUCCCUGGCGGGUCAUCCACCUCAAACGCCAUCAAACUAAGCUACCCCCGGCCUCGAUGGACGUGCCCAUCUAUGUAGUCGAGGGUGCCCCAGUAUCCAAGUCACCUACCACGCGGAAGAAGCCUGGCAAGAAGCGGCGCGUUCAAUUGCGCAAGAAAGUCGCUGCCGCCGAGGCAGCUAAGUUGUCGGAGGCUGAGAAGCGGACACGCAAGAAUCGGGAGCGUAAGAUCAAGCGUCGGCAAAAGAGUCGGGAGCAGAAGGCUGCGGCUGCUGGUGCUACUGGUGACAGAGAUGUUGCUAUGGCGGAUGACGACGGAGGCUCCUCUGGGGGCGACGAGUAG